AUGGAGGAAUCUGGUGAGCACAUUGUUGCCGGUGCUGGAGAACUUCACCUUGAGAUCUGUCUCAAGGAUUUGCAAGACGACUUCAUGGGUGGAGCUGAGAUCAUAAAAUCUGAUCCCGUCGUCUCUUUCCGUGAAACUGUCCUUGAGAGGUCCUGCCGCACAGUGAUGAGUAAAUCCCCCAACAAACACAAUCGUCUGUACAUGGAAGCACGCCCCUUGGAGGAUGGACUGGCAGAGGCUAUUGACGAUGGCCGCAUUGGCCCACGAGAUGAUCCUAAAGUGCGUUCCAAAAUUUUAUCGGAGGAAUUUGGUUGGGAUAAAGAUCUUGCUAAGAAGAUCUGGUGCUUUGGCCCUGAGACUCUUGGACCUAAUAUGGUGGUUGAUAUGUGUAAGGGAGUUCAAUAUCUGAACGAAAUCAAGGAUUCCGUGGUUGCUGGUUUCCAAUGGGCGUCGAAAGAAGGUGCGUUGGCUGAAGAAAACAUGAGAGGCAUCUGUUUUGAAGUGUGCGAUGUGGUUCUCCAUGCUGAUGCCAUCCACAGAGGUGGUGGUCAGGUGAUUCCCACUGCCAGGAGGGUAAUAUACGCAUCUCAGAUCACAGCCAAACCCAGACUUCUUGAGCCAGUCUACUUGGUGGAAAUUCAGGCUCCCGAGCAAGCUCUUGGUGGUAUCUACAGUGUUCUUAACCAGAAGCGUGGACAUGUCUUCGAGGAGAUGCAGAGGCCCGGCACCCCUCUUUACAACAUUAAGGCAUAUCUCCCCGUUAUUGAGUCCUUUGGGUUCUCGAGCACGCUGAGGGCUGCAACUUCCGGGCAGGCAUUCCCACAGUGCGUUUUUGACCAUUGGGACAUGAUGUCGUCGGAUCCAUUGGAGUCUGGUUCCCAGGCUGCGCAGCUAGUUGCAGAUAUCCGCAAGAGGAAGGGAUUAAAGGAACAAAUGACCCCAUUGUCUGAGUUCGAGGACAAGCUGUAA